UUCCUUGGCACCUUUCCCCCUUAGGUGGCAUUCUUGAAAAUACCCUUUACAGAAAACGAAUGGGACAACUGGCAAUAUAACUUCUAGCUAGCCAUCUACUACAAGACACGCGUAGUCGUGAUGUUUCUGCUUUAUAAAUGUGCGCUAAACUGCGCGGAAGUAAACGAGAAAUUGCGCAUGCAUCAUCCAGUUUAGAUGUUUUGAACAAUACUAAUUUCCUAUACGCACCGUUUUUAUAUUAAAUCGUUUUCCAAUGCAUAUUGAUUUUUAAAGCUAUUUAUGAUGUGUGCUCACUGGGUUUCCUUGGGGUAAAUUACAUUGUUAAGCUUCACUGGAAAAAUGUUUGAACGCAACAGCAUUUCCGACCAAAUAAAGAAACCCUGUUAUUUACCGAGUGGGCUGAGCCAGACGGUUACUAUGGGAAUCAGACACAACACAAGGUUCAAGGUGACUUUUGUUUUUGUUGUGCGAGAGUUUCUCUGAUACAAAUACUUGUACUUCACACCAAGACAUGGAAUGUAACAUUUUUAAAUCUCAUUAAUUGAGAUGGCUGAUAACUAAUGAACAUUUUACAAACGAUAAUGGAAUUGUACAAAAAGAUUCUGUGUCUGGGAAGAGGUGGAGCAGCAGAAGUAUUCCUGAUGAAACACGCGGAGUCUAAGAGACUGCAUGCAGUGAAAAGAAUACAAGCAGACGACUCUCGCAAAACAAAGACCAAAGAGGCCAUCCUACAAGAAGCUGAAAUCAUCAGGAAGCUGAAUCACCCUCACAUAGUGACCUGCAGCGAGGCUCUCUUUGACUCAAAUGAUGGAUACAUCUAUAUAGUCAUGGACUACUGUGAUGGAGGGACACUGGAUGACAAAGUCAAGGAGAGAAAGACAGGGGACUAUUUCCCAGAGUGGAUGAUAAUGGAGUGGUUUGUACAGGUUACCAUGGCAGUCAGCUACAUUCACUCUGCUAGAAUCCUCCACCGGGACAUCAAAACCUCCAAUGUGCUUCUAACUAAGAGAGGCGUGGUAAAGGUGGGGGACUUUGGCAUAUCCAAGAUAAUGACCAACACAGUGGAUAUGGCUCGUACCUGUGUUGGUACCCCCAGCUACCUGAGUCCAGAGCUGUGUCAGGAUGUCCCAUACAGUUCGAAGUCUGAUGUCUGGGCACUGGGAUGCUUGCUGUAUGAGAUCUGUUCUCUCAGACCGCCGUUUGCUGCCUCCAACCUGCUCAGUCUGCUCUCUAAGAUCAUCAGAGGAGAGUACAGCCCUGUUCCCCAGACCUACUCAGACAGCAUCACCCCUCUGGUCCAGAUACUGCUCUGUCCGGUGCCUGAGGACAGACCUAGUGCUAGAGCCAUACUGGACAUGAUCUAUGUACGGGAACAUCUCAGAGAGUUUGUCAAGCACAGGGAGAUAGAGUUAGCAGUGUAUGAUAAUGUAGACUCCAGAUCCAUACCCCUCUCUAGUUGGGUCUGUGAGUGUGUGAGAACAUCUGGCUCUGUGAGUUCACCUGCAGAUAAGAGCAUGGCCGUGACUGCAGAAUGGAAGGAGGACAGCAGCACUGACAGUAACUCUGGACCACUUCCGCUCACACCUUCCUAUACAGGGGAAGAGGAGGGGGACAGUACAGAGCCCUGUCCCAGUGAUAAUGAGGAGGUAGAAGGUGAUGUGGUCAGCGUAGGCCAGUCUGACUACUCUGAGGACUUUGAUGACGACAACAGCUUGUCUUCCAUAGAGGAACACAGAGAGGACAAGGCAACCUCUACAACUUUUAACUCUGUCACGGCGGAUGUCUCUAUGGACGCUAAUGUGACCCCUGAAGUGGAGGACCCUAGUGAGUACCCUGAUGACUUUGAGGAGGAGGAAGACGAGGAUGUGAUGAUGGUGGUCCACUAUGCCGGCGCUGCUCUGGAGCUUUCUGCAGAGGGUGAUGGGGAGGAGUUUCAGCUGAGGGACGCAGGGGGUGUGGCUGUCACACUGAAGACUCUGAGAGACAGCUAUAUCAUGGAGGGCAUCGGCCCCUCUCUCUACGAGCAAAUCAGCGAACACUUUGAGAACGGUCUCAGCCCUGAAGACCAGCAGCCACACUUUAAACACACACUGGGGACCUGACCACCUGGAAAACUGCAAUCUCAUAUUCACUCUCAACCAAGAGGGUCAACUGUGUUAAAACAUUUAAAUGGUGGAACCAACCUCCAAACCUGGACUUCUGAUGCACCAUGACAUUACCUGUAGGCCUACGAUACAGCAAGUUUAUGUUGGGGAAUGAUUUGUCAUCCAUCAUGGUUCAUAACAUUGUUAACAGAAGAGGGUGCUAUCAGGCUUUUCAUUGAAACUGUGGAGGGGAAAAUCCCCUGAGUUACUGUGGCAGUUCACAGCUCAAACUGAUUUGAGGUUUCAUAACACCGGUAGCAAGUUAAAAGAUUAAAGGAGAUACCACCUUGAAAUGUGAACAUCUGUGGGUAAGACUGUGAGAACACCCUCCUUCAAAAUACCUUGAAGUGAAGUAAGCAGAAAUCUGAAAGGUUUUUUUGUUGGUUCCCUCCUGGAGGCAGUGAAACUGUAGAAGGUUUUUCAACUGCUUGAAAAAUAAAGAUAAUUGAUUCACUUAUGA